AUGCUUCCCGCACCGUAUCCGAUGCUGCUCACCCUCACUCUGCACCCCGACCCGCAGCCAGCGCGCAUUCAGGCCGCCGUUGGCGGCCGCCGCGCGCCUACCACUUCCACCCGGAGGCGCGGCCCGAGAGGCUUCUGGGCCACUCGCAAGCCGGCCGCCGCCUGUGCAAUUCAGCAUAACCGCAAGAAAAAGCGUACACACGAGGCUGCAUUCGACGAGGCCGACUCAGACCAAACGCUCUUCGACGACGACGACGACAACAUCGCACUGGCGUGCCGUCAAUCAGAUACAGUGGCGCUCGGCUCCACCACACACCACCACAUCCUGAAGCGCCGCAAGACGUCCGCGUGCGGCCUGGUGGUCCCGUACGAGGCGUGCGCGGAGCCGCCUUUGUACUCUACUGUACCACCUCCCCCGUACGAGGUGCAGGUAGAGCCGGCGCCGGUACGGCAGACAAUGGACGCCUUGCUCGCGGAUGUGGCGGCCAAGACCGACAAACGUGAAUGCGAUCUCACAGACUGGCAGAUUCUGAAAGAUCUGUGUGCCGAGGCGAACGAACGCUACGAACGCGAUGAGCUGGCAUCUGCAGCCGAGCUGCUGAACGCCGUGCUGUCUGAGUGUAAACGCGUGCUGUCGAUUCUACCAGACCCAUCGCUACUCUUCGAGCCCGAAAGGCAGCAGCCUUACGACUUCAUCACGCCAACCCAGGAGCGCCUCUACCCUUUCCGUGACUGGACGCUAUCCCACUCAGAUCUGCGCACUUCCCCCAACAGUUCUUCCGCGAGCUCACCCCAAGCUUCGUCGCCGGAACUCCCGACGGCAUUCCACGCGCUACUCGGUACCGCCCUCUUUCUUCUCGGAAAUAUAAUCGAUCGCGAUGCCGAUGUCGUGCACUCGCAGUCGGCGCAGCACGAGCCAUUGCAGCCGGCCAUCGCGUACUGGCUUGCUGCUCUCGAUGUGUUCGAAACGGCCGAGAAUCUCCCUGCAGUGACGGACCGCGCCAAAGACUCAGAGAAAGAGGACUGGCGCAUGGCGCUUGUCUGGGGUCGCACCCUCGUCUCUCUGGCUCGAGCGCAACUAGUACUCACACGGGAAGACACCUCCGCCCGAUUGCCUGUAGGCGACCCGCGCUUGCCACAGAGCGUCGCACGAGGCUCAAUUUUCACUAUCAUCGCUGCUAUGCGGCCACCUGUCACACGUCGGACUUCACUUGCCCGGGCGGACGCCGCCGAGCUUCUGGUUCUCGCACAAGACCACUUCAUGCGCGGUAUACUGCAUAUGCCACAUCCGCAAGCCGCCGACGCACCCGCCAUUCCCGGCCCAACUCACGAGCAGACCGACCCUAAUUUCUCGCGCGCACACGAGCUCUGUGCAGUGGGAAUGGAGAUGCUUAGCACUGCAGAGCGCUUGAGGGUGCCUGCCGAGCGUGCAUACUGGGCCCGUCAGGCGGACUUUCAUCUCGAACAGAUGCGGGUGAAGAAGAGGGGCGCAGACGAAAGCGAAGAAGUCAAUCUCGGUCUUGCGCGACGGAUUCAGCGGGCAGAAGCGGCGAGAGGGCGCUGUUGGCUCAUUGUCGGCCGAGUGUAUGCGGCAGGUUCACUUGUCGGAGAGGCGGGCGGACUUGAAACGCGAGAUGCGAAGAAGGCGCGGGACGCAUUAGGCAAGGCUAUCUCGUUUUUCGAGCAAGCUACUGGUCCCGACGGCACCGAAGUGCAACCUCUGUAUACCGAGGCCCUCCUCUCGCUUGCCAGCUUGACACAAGAUGAAGGGACACGUGAAGGACUCUAUGCGCGCGUCGCGCUGGGGACCUCUCAACGAUCUACUGAGCCCGAUGGCAUGAAUGUAGAUGGUCCCUAA